AUGGAUGGUCUUUUGACAGCGAUCAAGACUGUCAAGCAAGACUCAGAUCAUUCAUUGGCAGCGGUUGAAUCAAGCCGUCGCAGCGAUGUCCUCACAAACUCCAGUAUUGGCCUUGGUCAAGAUCUGACUCCAAAUCAGAUUAUAGAUGUACUGAAAUCCCAGCCUUCGUCAGAGCAGAUCUCGACGGUAUUAGCUGCACUUGAUCCAUUCAACAAGUCUAGAACACUCAAUAUUGACAUUCGAGUCGCUGGUCCUGUAUCGGCUCAGAUCCUCCAGGUUUUAGUCAGCACCACCAUUCCGGAUCAUUGGGCAUCCCCUGUCAAAAGCACACAAGUCCGGGGAGCUUUACUGCGCUGUUUGAGCAGUGUUGCUGGUAUCAGCUCCCUGGUAGCUCGCCUUCGAUCUCUGAUUGCAGCUACACGGGCAUCUUCCCAGCAAACCGAGAGCUCGAGCAGCCAUUCUGCCAUCCAAGAUAUUCUAUCUGUUCUUGCUGCUUUAUUGGAACCGAAGGAUUUUUUGCUUCGCCUUUACCGUGAUACCUCGUCUCUUUAUGAAAACCACACGAGGCAAAAGGUUUCGUGGAAUGAGCUUGUAUCUCUUGUUGCUUCCGGCAAGAUUGUAUCCACGGCAGCAGAAGCACUGACUGUGGCAAAUGAAAGCCAAUCAUCAAUCAAGUGGGUCGGAGAUGGUCGUCGCUAUGCAUCAUGGCUUGGUAUCAAUAUUUCCCACUUUAUUUCAAAGCUUGAUAUCAAUGAUGAGAGCGGCUGGUCCUUCGUCGCUUCCUUAACGGAACGAGCUCUCAGUAUGGGCUAUCCAUCUUCCUUGAUUCCGGAGAUUUAUGCAAGUCUUCUCCACGAUCCGUCAUUCUCUAAAAGAUUCAGCUUGUUUGUCGAUAAGCUCAGGCUAUCAGCACAACUCACUAUCCUCCAACUCAUCCUGUUGGAUUUACCUACAAGAUAUCCAUCGAUUCGCCUAUGUGACUAUCCCAAUGACCCGAUCACAUCCAAAGAGAUUGUGACUGGAACAGCAACUUUGUUGUCCAUGGUCAUUGGUGAUAGACCACACUUCGAGGAAGAAAUCAUGGAGUGGCUCGCCAAAUGUCGUUUUGCGGCUGCCUUCCCAGUAGGUAUUAACCGAAGCAUUGUAGCGACUUAUGAUAAUCAAAACGAAGCACUCAAAAACUUGAUAAUUCGCAGCCUCGAGCACUUUGGUGAUAAGUUCGCUAUCAAUCACAAUAGUGACCGCGACCAUGAUACCAAUGCUCAAAUUAUUCUUUUAGCAGCAGGUCGUCUGCAUCGACUAGAUUCCUCUCAAGUCAAAGAAGUCGGCCGCUCAAGGCCUUUUUUGAACGCAAUAUCUAAUCGACUUGCCGCGUCCUCUAAUAGAGCACGGUUCAUGGGUAUGAUUGUCGGGACCGGCAUUUCUGAGCUUGUGGAGGAACCAGGAAAGUCCAUGAAGUUUGAUCUCGAAGAAAUGCGGAACGCAGAAACACAGUGGUAUCUGAGUAUGAUGAGAGCUAGAGAUGAUAUUGGAUCAUUUGAGUCCCUCAAAUCUCUUUUGAAGUCAGACAAGUCCAUAUCUGCUCCUUCAAACGCGAAUAAGCCCAAGCCACGCUCUGCUUCCCAGAGGAUAGUAGAGGUUGUCAGCGACGAUGAGGAUGAGAAUGAUGAAGCAGACGAUGAUGAUCUCAUUCCAUAUGCGAAGCCCGACGACGAUGCAGAGGAUGACGACGAAGAUGCAACGCUAGUUCAACGAAACAAGCCAACGGCACCUGUGUAUAUCCGCGACCUGAUCACAUGUCUCCGAGAUAACGAGAAUGUCGAGCGUUACCACCUCGCUAUCACCACGGCACCGAGUCUGAUCCGUCGCAAGACAGGAUUUGGAACUGAGCUCGCCGAGCACGCCGAGGAGCUAGCACUAACAAUUGUCGGUCUUCAAAAUGAUAACAGCCAUCCACAAUUCCACGAAGCACGGCUCCAGAGUAUGAUUGCCUUGAUUGUCUCCCAGCCCCUCAAGAUGGGCCGUUGGUUCGCAGCGUUCUUCUUCGAUGGUGACCUGUCUCAAGUACAGCGAUCCGCCGUGCUCACAGCCCUUGGUCUGAGUGCUCGCGAAAUCUCCGGUAACGGGGAAGACGAUGCCAAAGCAUUAGGCCUCCCUGCGUUGCAGGAUACCUCAUUCCCAUCUAAACGCCUUACGCCAUCAUUGGAUGCCAUGUUCCAGGAGUCCAAGGAUUCUCCGAUCGCAACACUCACGAGAGAAAUGUCAAAAGCGUCACUGCAGCCGAUGGCGGCCAAUGCUGCGGAUGCAAUUACGGGACCAGAUGCUCUCAAAGUACGCACUUUCUCGACACGUAUGGAAGUUGAGAAGAAGCGCCAACAGCGCGAGACACAACGGCAGAAGUCUGUUGCAAAGGACUUUUACAGGGUUCUUGCUGAGGGCUUCUUCUAUCCUCUUACCAGUCGAUUUACCGUGGUGAUGCUUCAAUUUUCUUCCUCAUCGGUAUCAUCUCACAACCCGUUCGUCAUUCCCCAUAUUCUUACCCUCUUCCUCCAAACUCUUUCUCUUUUGAUCUCAACUUCCGGUCCACAUUCUACCUUCCUGCCAGGUCUUACACAUGACACCCUCUCGCUACUCCUGUCGCUGCAUACAAAUCCCAUAGCCAGUGAUCCGACAGUCACUGCUGCACUCCUUACCCUGUUCCUCGCAGCCAUAGAUUUGAACAUUGCUUCGGGAUCGAACGCUGAAGAGCGCCUCGUCACGGAGUGCGCGAAUCAGGUGAUCGAAUUGCGGGAGUGGGCUUCCCAGGUAUUCGAUAAUACCCCUGCUGCUCCGAUUAAAUUGAACUCCAAUGCACCUGUGGACACGCAAGAUCAGGUACGAACUCUAGCUGCGGGCGUGAUGAUUCGCAUUGGGGAAAUUACGGAGCGUUACCAAGGUCGUUUAAUGGGUGUCAAUGCCGGGUUCAAAUAUUAA